AUGAUGGUACUUGAGUCUGGAUCAUUGGCAAUGGUAUUUAAUACAAAAUUAAUAAAAAAAGAGGACUUGAAAGUUUAUUUUCAUUUCAUUAUUGCAGGACUUGGCUCCAUCGGUACUUUUCUUGAAGGUCCAGUGAUUGGUUGGAUUGUUGCUCAAUAUGGCUGGUCAGCUAUGUUCACUUGCAUGAUUCUGUUAAGCAUUGUAGGUGCUAUAGCAUCAUUUCGGGCUGCUCGUUAUCAACGUAUGAUCAAACUUUCAUCAACUUCAUCAUCAUCAUCAUCACUUAAUCAAAUUAUUUCAUAG